AUAAGAAACGUGGAGACAAAUCAAUGUCUGGAUAACAUGGCAAGAAAAGAAAAUGAGAAAGUUGGAAUCUUUAACUGCCAUGGGAUGGGUGGCAAUCAGGUUUUUUCAUAUACUGCCAACAAAGAAAUUCGAACAGAUGAUUUGUGUUUAGAUGUAUCCAAACUUAAUGGCCCAGUAACGAUGCUCAAGUGCCACCAUCUAAAAGGAAAUCAGCUUUGGGAAUAUGAUCCAGUGAAAUUAACCCUGCUGCAUGUGAACAGUAACCAGUGCCUGGACAAAGCCACCGAAGAGGACAGCCAGGUACCCAGCAUCAGAGACUGCAACG